UAACUAUUCCCUGCCGCGCUGUUUACGCCCACGUCUGACGCCUCCGCCCGUUUCCAUUCCAUUCUCCCACCCAUCGCAUCCCUCUCUCUGUCUCUCGUCAUCGUCGCCACCUCCACCUCCAUCGGCCUCCGAUCCCUCCACGAGCCUCCUGUCGAAUUCGAGGAUCUGCGGCGGCGAGCAGUGGUCGGCCGGCGAUGGCGCACCGGGUGGACAACGAGUACGACUACCUCUUCAAGAUCGUGCUCAUCGGCGACUCCGGCGUCGGCAAGUCCAACAUCCUCUCCCGAUUCACCCGUAACGAGUUCUGCCUCGAGUCCAAGUCCACCAUCGGCGUCGAGUUCGCCACCCGCACCCUCCAGAUUGAAGGGAAAACCAUCAAAGCUCAGAUAUGGGAUACUGCUGGGCAAGAGAGGUACCGUGCAAUCACAAGUGCUUACUACAGAGGAGCUGUGGGUGCACUUUUAGUCUAUGACAUCACGAAGAAGCAGACAUUUGAAAACAUACAGAGGUGGCUCCGUGAACUCCGUGACCAUGCAGACUCCAACAUUGUGAUUAUGAUGGUUGGUAACAAGUCUGACCUUAACCACCUGAGGUCGGUUGCAGAGGAAGAUGGCCAGGCAUUAGCAGAGAAGGAAGGCCUAUCCUUCCUCGAGACAUCCGCGCUUGAAGCUCUUAAUGUUGAGAAGGCGUUUCAGACCGUCCUCUCUGAUAUUCAUCAAAUUAUAAGCAAGAAGGCACUUGCAGCCCAAGAGGCAGCAGGCAGUGGACCUCCAAGUCAAGGAACCACCAUCAACAUUGCAGAUUCAUCCGCCAACACGAAGAGAGGGUGCUGCUCUUCCUAGGUGCAAACAAAGACAUGCUGCUGCCGCUGCAAAAAGAAAAAUAUCAUGGAUCGUACAACACUUCAGGUGUUAUGUAGGUGACUCCUUUUGGCCUGUAACUCUGGUGGGUUGUAAUCACAAUUCAUACUUCUGCAAAGAAAUUCUCCUCUCAGGUAGAUAUGAUGUGUAGUUUUGAAAUUUUGGUAGAGACCAAUGUUUGGCAGACUUGCGUGGAGUCCAGCUUCAUGUUUUCUUUCAAUGUUCUAUCUUAGUAGUCUUCUGCUGAAAAAACAAAUAUCAGACAUUUCUUGUAUUUCUACUUGAGUUCGUUGUAUUAUCAGAUAUACUUUGAUUUCUGUGCUAAAACAUCAGUGUGUGUUUGCCAUUCUGUU